UCCACAUCAUCAAAGCUAUCAAAGUAUCAAAUUGUGGAGUGCCGAAAGGAAAUCUUCAGAGCUUGGAGGGUUCCAUGAGUCUAUCCUCACGCAUUACUUUAUGCAAUCCUUUGAUUGGUCCAAAGCCCCACAGCCCUCCAACCACAUCGUCUCUACCACAACCUGUACCUCCAUCGCCUCUUUUGUAUGGGCGAUGAACAACUUGUUACAACCCCAGAAAUCACAAGAAAUUACAAGAAACGAAGAAGAAGCAGCAGCAGCAGCAGAACAAGGAGAAGCAGAAGAAGAAGAUCAAAGGAAGGAGAGUCAAGAAAACAUAGAGAGAAGAGGAUGUCGAGAUCGAGAACUCGCCAUCACGCCUCAGUUUGAGCUGCCCCAAGAAGACGGAGAUCAAAGGAAGGAGAAUCAAGAAAACAUAGAAAGAGGUGGAGGUCAAGAUCAAGAGCUCAACAUCGCCCCUCGGCUUGAGCCGCCCCAAGAAGAAGAAAGAGCGAGAUGUGAGUGGGACUUCCAUCUCUCUGCGGUCGUCUCCUCCGCCGCCGCCUCCUCUUCCGACACUCUCGGCGUCAUCGAAAUUGACCCGCCUGGCGCUCUCAUCGCCACUGGCGGGAUUGCACGGAAGAUCAGGAUUUACAGCUUGAGCUCUCUGGUGCCCCAAGAAAGUGACCUAACAACAACUGCAUUUUCGGAGCAUUCCAGCGCCUGCAGCUACUACAUAUGCACUCCGGCCAAGCUGAGCAGCCUCAGGUGGCGGCCCGGCUCAGGCGGCCGGGUCGUCGGGUCUGGCGACUAUGAUGGGGUUGUCACGGAGUAUGACCUCGAGAGGCAGGUGCCGGUGUUCGAGCGGGACGAGCACGGCGGCAGACGGGUCUGGAGCGUGGACUACUCGAGCUCAGGCCCGGCCGUCGGGGCGUCUGGGUCCGACGACGGGACAAUGCAGCUCUGGGAUCCACGCUGUGGUGACGGCGGGAGGUGCCUUUCCAUGGUGCGGCCCGGGGAAGCGGGUCGGAGUACCGCCGUCUGCAGCGUCGAGUUCAGCCGGUUCGACGGCGUGACUUUGGCCGUCGGGUGCGCGGACCGGAGAGCCUACACAUAUGACCUGCGCAACAUGUCGGGCCCGGUCCGGUUCUUCGAUGGGCAUGCGAAGACGGUGACCUACGCCAAAUUCCUCGGCUUGCACGCGAUGGUGUCGGCGAGCAUCGACGGCUGCCUGAAGCUGUGGAGCGUGGCGGACACAUGUGCAGUCCGCACCUAUCGGGGGCACGUGAACACGCGGAGCUUCGUCGGGCUGUCCGUGUGGCCAGACGGCGGGUUGAUCGCCUGCGGCUCAGAGAGCGACCGGGUGUUCGUGUACGACGCGAGGUGGGGCGAGCCCAUAUGGGCCCACCGGUUCGAGAGCGGGUUCGUGAGCAGCGUGUGCUGGAAGCAGGCUGGCUCGGACAGGUGCACGCUCGUCGCCGGCGGGUCGGACGGUGUUUUGCAGCUCUUUGUGGGCGCGAGGAAGUCAUCAUCAUGAGGACGAUCGUCCCUAUGUAUAAUUCUACCCUUGAAAGGCUCGGAAAUGAUACAAAUUGGUGAGUGAGAAACGAAUAGAGGCCAUUCAUUUUUCAAUUUUCUCUUUACAGCUUAUCAGUAUAUGUUAACAUUAUUUCCAUCUAUUUCUUUGAUGGAUAUGGUAUUCUUCUUCAUUACAUUAUCCAUAGAUGGUUCUUUCCAUCGUUCUAGAGACUGGAAUCUUAUCCUGUUGGACACACAUUGAAAACGAUGUUGUCAGGUUCCUUCUGUUUGCUUUCUUCUUCGUCUGAACAAGAUUUUUUUUCGUUUUUU